AUGCUGCAAGAGGCAAAUGGUAAUAAAGCUGUAUGCUUUGAAGAAAAAAAUAAUAAAUUGAACACAGAAUAUGAGAAGGCAGAAGAUAUAACCAGAAACAAAACCCUUCAAGAUAAGUUAAAAGAAGCAAUUUAUAUGAAGGAAGAAAUAGAAAACCUUUUAAAAAAUAUAACAAUCAGAUAUGUCUAUUAA